UGUUGGCAUGGGUGGCUCAGACCGCCGCGCGUAACACCAGCCCAGUGCAGCAGCAUGGCCGCCAUGGUCAGAGCAUGCAUGCCACUCCGCACCCCUCCUGCCGCCGCGUCCUCCACCGCCACCGCGCCCGCUGCCCCGAGCAAGCCGCGCUCGAGCGCCCGCGUGCUCGUGCUCGGCGGCACCGGCCGCGUCGGCGGCUCCACGGCCACCGCGCUCUCCAAGCUCCGUCCCGACCUUAACAUCCUCAUCGGCGGCAGGAACCGGGAGAAAGGUGAAUCUUUGGCAUCUGAGCUUGGCGAGCAAUCCGAGUUUGUGAAGAUUGAUACUGGCAACGCAGCCAUGUUGGAGAAAGCGCUAGAGGAUGUGGACUUGGUUGUUCAUACUGCCGGGCCUUUCCAAAGGGAGGCUGAAUGCACCGUCCUGCGAGCGGCGAUUUCGACUAAGACCGCAUAUAUCGAUGUUUGUGAUGAUAUGGACUAUUCAUGGAGAGCCAAAGCUUUUCAUGAAGAAGCAAAAGCUCAAGGUGUUCCAGCUAUUACAACCGCUGGCAUAUAUCCUGGAGUGAGCAAUGUGAUGGCUGCUGAGCUUGUGAGUGCUGCAAGAAGUGAAGAUGGAGAGCCUGAAAGACUAAGAUUCUUCUAUUAUACUGCAGGCUCUGGUGGUGCUGGCCCAACAAUAUUGGCGACAAGUUUUCUGCUUCUUGGGGAGGAUGUAAUUGCAUAUAACAAAGGAGAAGAAAUCAAAUUGAAGCCCUACAGUGGAGUUCUCAACAUUGAUUUCGGAAAAGGGGUCAGAAAGAGAGAUGUUUACUUACUGAAUUUGCCUGAAGUGAAGAGUGCUCAUAAAUUUUUAGGUGUCCCAACUGUCAGUGCUCGAUUUGGUACUGCUCCUUUCUUCUGGAAUUGGGGAAUGGAGGCUUUCGCUAAAUUUUUACCUGUUGAGUUGUUAAGGGAUAAAGAUAAGGUUGGAAAGUUGGUUAAAGAAAUUGAUCCCCUUGUUCGAGCCAUUGAUGGCAUUGUAGGAGAGCGUGUGUCCAUGAGAGUAGACUUGGAGUGUUCGAAUGGCCGAAAUACUAUUGGAUUAUUUUCUCAUAGAAAACUAUCUGUAUCGGUGGGCCAUUCAACGGCUGCAUUUGUUCAAGCAGUUCUGGAGGGAAGCACACAACCAGGUGUUUGGUUUCCGGAAGAGCCAGAGGGAAUAGCAAUUGAAUCAAGGAAGCUGCUUCUGGAGCGUGCGUCCCAAGGAACAACAAACUUCGUGAUGAACAAGCCUUCAUGGAUGAUAGAGACUGAUCCAAAGGAAGUUAUCCUAGGAAUAUACGUGUGAGAAAGAAACUGAAAAAGAAAACGCACACACACGCACACAGUAAAACAUGGAUAGAUCAGUUUAUAACUCUAUCCUAAUUUUGUCGAUCGAAUAUUGGAGAAACUUACGGAAGUUCUGGAGUUAUUACCGAGGAUAAAAAGUAGCCACAAUUAGUACGGUGUAGACUGCAGCAAGGAGAAUCCUCUCCAUAACGUUCCUGUGUGACAUUUUAGAAAAUGCUGUAAAUAACAUAAUGAUCAAUAUAUGUAGCAUUACAAAACUGCAACUGAGAAAGGACAUGCUAGCAUAGUUGGGGAAGGAAUUCAUGAACAGUACGAUGAUAGAACAUAAGAGUUACUCCCUCCGUUCCGUGUUAUAAGAUGUUCUAACUUUUUUCUGAA